GUUUGUCGGAGCUAAAGGAGAGGGUACACCAUACUUCUAACACUUCAUAGUUAUAAGAUAUUUGUAAAUGUUGAGGUCGACUUAAAUUCUAUUUGGUUUAGUAUAUGCUCGUUAAAUUAAAUCUCGUUAUUUAGGACUUCAUGUGUCAAAACGUGUUUUUGACAUUUGAGUGAUCAACAGCUGACACCCCCAAAAUGUUUUUGUGAUUGAUAAAAAUUGUGUUUUCUUCAUGAAUUAAUACGGUUUUUUACUUUUUAUUGCUAUAGCUUCCAAGUGAUUUUCUAUCUAGAAUAUUUUGUUUAGAUGAACACUUUAUGCCAACAUUGCGGAAUAUUUACUUAUUUUGCAUUAAGAAAGUAGCAACAUGAUGCCUGUAAAGGAUAAUCAAGAUGUUGCAUGUUUCUUCUGUACUAAACAUACAACUUGGAAAGGAAAGUACAGGAGAAUAUUUUCUGUUGGUACCCAAGGUAUUACUACAUACAACCCUAAUAAUUUGGAAAUAACAAAUAGAUGGCCUUACAGUGAUUUUAUUUCUAUCACUCCACUAAGAGGAGGUAAUCACAAUGAAUUCCAAAUAACAAUGAAAAAGGAACGUAAAACUGACAAAAUGACAUUUUCAUCUGAUCUCAGAACACAUAUAUUAACAGAAGCCCUUAAGUUUAGGCACCAUUUUUCUGAGAAACCCAAAGAUGUAAUGAGGUACCAUGCUUACAAACAUCAUUGGUCAGAUAUAAGACUUCCUGUUAUACUUGAAGUGACUGCAUGUUCAUUGGAUCAGCUAGAUCCUACUAGCAAUACUGUUCUUGCCUGUUAUAACUUUAAGGAUUUUGAAGGAAUAUGUACAGUUUCUGAUUAUCCAGGUGGAUUUGUGAUAGUGUGUGGAGGGUUUGGUCGAUUACAUUUAUUCCAAUCACCAGAUUAUGAAGAUAUUAAAUCUAAAAUAUUGGAGUCAGCAACAUUAAACUUAGGAAUUAAUAUUAAGGUUCUAAGUACUCCAAUAACAUUGGAAGACUUUCAAGUGCAAAGAUUUGGAAAAUAUAGUGAUGAUGAAUAUGUGACAACUGUCUCGGAGUUUUCAGUAUAUAAGAUACAAAAAUCUAGACACACUGAUCCAGUUCGACGAACAUUGUGCCUUUCAGAAUAUUGUAUUCUGGAAAGAGAUCCACAAACUUACAGUAUUUGUACUUUGCAACCGUUGAAUAAUAUUUUUGCACUCGUGCGAGAUAAUAAUAACCCACAGUUAUUCACUAUCGAAUAUUUAAAUGGACACUCUAGAACAUACACAACUACAGAUCGGGAUUCUUUAUUAGCUUCUCUGUUGGAUGGAGUUAGAGCUGCUGGUAAUAAAGAUGUCCAUGUAACAAUGGUUGCCACAGACAGAGGUUUAAGAUUAAGUCCAUUCAGUAUACCUGUAGAUGAGGAUUCCGAAAGUUUACAUCUUAAAUUGCUCAUGAAUCCACCACCUACUAAACCGUUCUCUCAGUGCUUGAAACGAUUCAACACCAAUAUACCCUAUAGUGGACUUCUAUAUAGCAUCACACAAGAAGGAAUCUUUUCGGAAAAUAAAGAAAAACUUAUCACAGGAGUAUUGCAGUCUUUGGUAUCAAAAGAAGGCGAUCAAAAAACAAUAAGUGUAGCAGAAUUGGAAGCUCAAUUCCAAGCUUUAAGACGAUUAGUCGCUAGCAAAGUGGGAUAUGCAUCAUUUACCAAAUUACCUGGUUUUAGAGAAGCUAUUGGCCAUAAAGUGAUAACGGCAUUAAAAAGAAAUGAUUAUGCUGUAACACAAGCAGCAAUAGAUGUAAUUUGUGCACUAAUGCAUCCUAUGCACGAUGAUUAUGAUCUCAGACAAGAACAAUUAAAUAAGUCAUCAUUGUUACAGACAAAACCAUUUUUGGAAAGUCUUUUGAAUAUGUGGACAGAACAUAUUGCAGUAGGUACUGGUGCUUUGAUAGUAUCGGCAAUGUUGGAUUUUUUAACGUUUGCUUUGUGCGUUCCUUAUAGUGAAACCACGGAUGGAAAACAUUUUGACACACUUUUAGAAAUGGUAUCAGAUAGAGGUCGGAUGUUAUUUCGUUUAUUCCAACAUCCAUCUAUGGCAAUAGUUAAGGGGGCUGGAUUAGUAAUGCGUUCUAUCAUAGAAGAGGGUGAAUCUGAAGUUGCGGAAAAAAUGCAGAAUUUGGCAUUAGCCGAAGGUGCCUUACCUCGACAUCUUUUGGCAGCUCUUUAUACUCAAGGCACUGAUGGGCGAUUAUUGACACAUAGACAAUUAUCUAGGCAUUUAAUAGGUCUUUGGAUUACUGGUAAUCCAAUAGCUAUGGGACUACUAAAAAGGAUAAUGCCAACGGGACUAAUAACAUUUUUGGAUUCUAAAGAUCAAAUACCCAAAGAAGCUAUAGAACAAGAAAUGCUGAAUAAUAGAGAUAACUUGAAAUUAGCUCAAGAUCAUGCCAAUAAAACCAAAAAAAAUCCAAACUGGCAUGCCGUUGAAAGACAACUCAAAUUAAUGGAAAAAAAGGUUGAACAUUACACAAAUCUAGCAUUACAACAUUGGGGAACAACAGUAGGUAUCCAGUUGAAAAGAGAGGAGAAAAUGAAAGAGAGGCCUAUUGUAUUAAGGAGGAGACGAGAGAGGAAGAAAGCAGAAUCUAAUUGGUUGCUCUUUUAUUACAAUUUUAAUAAAGAUCAUGCUCUUCCUAAUCUUAUAUGGAAUCAUAAGACUAGAGAAGAAUUGAGAAGUGCCUUGGAAGCCGAAGUGCGUAAUUUUGCUUCAGAUAGGGAGUUAGCUGGGCUAACUCUAGUAGCCUGGAAUCAUCGUGAGUUUGAAGUUAAUUAUGCUUGUCUUGCUGAUGAAGUUAAAAUUGGUGAUUAUUACUUAAGACUGUUAUUAGAAAUAAAUGACGAAAAUUCUCCCAUACGUCGAACGUAUGAGUUUUUUAAUGAUUUGUAUCAUAGGUUUUUGUUAACUAAUAAAAUUGAAAUGAAAUGUUUAUGUCUUCAAGCCAUGUCCAUAGUCUAUGGUAGAUAUUAUGAAGAUAUAGGACCAUUUAGUGAUACUAAAUAUAUCAUAGGAAUGUUAGAGAGGUGUAUUGACCGAAUGGAAAGAGAUAGGUUAAUAAUAUUCAUAGAAAAUUUGAUAUUACAUCACAGAAACGUUCAGGAUAUUCUGGAUGUAGGUGGGAUCCAAAUUUUAGUAGAUUUGAUGGCGUUAGCGCACUUACAUACAUCAAGAGCUAUGAUACCAACACAAACUAACGUUAUUGAAGCCGGUCCUGACAUGAAAAUAGCCGAAGAAAAAGAGUGGUAUUAUAACAGUGAUAAGGGUAGAGAGGGUCCAUUAUCAUUUAGUGAGAUGAAAGAUUUGUAUGAAAAAGGACAAAUAAAUCAUAAAACACGAUGCUGGGCAAUGGGCAUAACAUGUUGGCGACCUAUGUCUCAACUACCUCAAUUAAAAUGGUAUCUUUUAGCCAAAGGUAGUUCGGUUCUGAAUGAAACUGAGCUCGCAACACAUAUCUUAAAUCUUUUAAUCAAAAUGUGUCAGUAUUAUCCCAGUAGAGAUGCAGAUGGUGCUGUGAUAAGACCAUUGCCAAAAGUUAAGAGAUUAUUGUCUGAUCAAACAGUAUUGCCAAAUGUCGUCCAAUUAUUAUUGACAUUUGACCCUAUCUUAGUUGAAAAAGUAGCUACUCUUCUGUGUGAAGUUAUGAAGGAUAAUCCAGAAAUGUCCAAGCUGUAUACAACUGGAGUAUUUUAUUUCAUUAUGAUGUAUACUGGUAGCAACGUAUUGCCUAUAGCUAGGUUUUUGAAAUUGACCCACAUGAAACAAGCUUUUAAAUCUGAAGAGGAAGCUUCGCCAAUUUUACAAAAAAGCAUAUUAGGAAGGCUCCUUCCUGAAGCAAUGAUUCACUAUUUAGAAAAUUAUGAUGCCGAGAAAUUUGCACAAAUAUACCUUGGAGAAUUUGACACACCUGAAGCAAUAUGGAAUUCGGAAAUGAGACGAAUGCUGAUAGAAAAGGUAGCAGCACAUAUAGCAGAUUUCACACCUCGAUUGCGUAGUCAUACGAUGGUUAGAUAUCAUUACAUUCCGAUACCUGCCGUAAGGUAUCCCCAACUCGAACAUGAAUUAUUCUGUAACAUCUUUUAUUUACGACAUUUGUGCGAUACUCAUAGGUUCCCUGAUUGGUCUAUACCUGAUUCAGUUCAAUUAUUGAAAGAUGUUUUGGAAGCCUGGAGAUCUGAAGUAGAGAAAAAACCUCCAUUAAUGACAAUACAAGAUGCUUACAAAAGUUUGGGAUUGAAUGAGCAUAAUCAUGAUGAAGCAACAGUCAGGAAAGCAUAUUAUAAAUUAGCUCAAAAAUAUCAUCCUGAUAAAAAUCCCGAAGGAAGGGAUAUAUUUGAAAAAGUAAACACUGCUUACGAAUUUUUGUGUAGCCGUAGCUGUUGGACAGGAGAUGGACCCAAUCCUAAUAAUAUAGUCCUAGUACUACGAACACAAAGUAUUUUAUUCCAAAGAUACUCAGAAGAAUUGCAACCAUAUAAAUAUGCAGGAUACCCUCAACUUAUUAAAACGAUAAAGAUAGAAACAGCUGAUGAACAGUUGUUUUCCAAAAACGCUCCUCUACUCACUGCUGCGUGUGAGCUGGCAUAUCAUACAGUACAGUGUUCUGCACUAAAUGCAGAAGAAUUAAGGCGAGAAAAUGGACUUGAGAUAUUAUUGGAAGCAUACACUAGAUGUGUUAAUGUGCUUAAUAAUUCAUCUAAACCCGAAGAAGUUCCAGUUCAAGUUUGCAUACAUAUAACAAAAUGUUUCUCAGUAGCAGCUCAGUUUCCGGCAUGCAGAGAACGGAUGGUGGAACUGAAACAGUUGAUUGUGGAUUUGUGUCGAAUUCUAUUUUUCAAACAUUUAACAAAACUGUGUUUAGUGGCAACAGAAUGUGUAAUUGCCCUAUCCAUGGAUUCAAUUUUACAAAUGGAACUUCUGAAAUCUGGUGCUCUUUGGCAUUUGUUAUUGUAUACAUUUAAUUAUGAUUUCACAUUAGAUGAAGGUGGUGUAGAAAAGAGCGAGGAAGCUAAUAAGCAAGAGGUCAGUAAUAGGCUUGCCAAAAAAGCAGUAAGUGCAUGUGCUGCGUUGGGUGGUUAUAUUCAGGGGGAAGAUCGGCCUCCACCUAAUUCUCUAACUAGAGGAAUUUUAAAAGAGCUAUUAACUGAAUAUCUCAGCGAACAACUCGGAGAUGAUAAACCCGAAGAGAUAUUAAAAAUUUUAAAUAGUAACACUGAAACCCCUUAUUUAAUAUGGGAUAAUGGUACUCGAGCGGAAUUAAUUGACUUUUUGGAAACAGAGAGAAAUAAUAAAAAUCGGGAAGAUUUUUAUAUUCCAAAUCAGUUUAAAUAUUCUGCUCAUAAAGGGGAACAUAAAAUUGGAGGUAUAUUUAUCAAAAUAUAUAACCAGCAACCAACGUAUCCAAUCAAGGACCCCAAGAACUUUGUGAUAAACCUACUGAGCUACCUAAAAGAACAAUCAUCAGACCUCCUAAACUUAGUUAACAUAGCUUUUUCAGUUACCAUAGAAGAUAAAUUGAAAAAUACUGUGAUGACUCUUGAAGCUUUAACAAAUGUGAUACGAAAUAACACAGGUGUAGAAACACAAUGCAUUGGUCAUUUUAGGUUACUUUUUAGUUUACUUAAUGUUAACUACAUACCGAUCCCGAAAGGAGCUCUUAACGUUAUAUCUCUAGUAACAAGAAGUAAUGAUUGUAUUAACGAUUUGGCUUCUAGUGAAGUCUUGGGUUAUUUGUUGUUAGUGCUAUAUACUAUCCAAGAUUCUCAACCUCAAACUUUGGAUGCUCUUUAUGCUCUGAUGUCAACCCCAAAAAUUGUUAAAGAAUCUUUAAAUAAAGGAGCGGUCAUUUAUCUAUUGGACCUUUUCUGCAAUUCAACAAAUUCCAAGAUAAGACAAACUUGUGCAGAAUUACUAGCUAGGAUGAGUCUUGAUAAACUAGUUGGACCAAAAGUGAGAUUAGCAUUAGGAACUUUUCUUCCCCCUAUCUUUGCUGAUGCAAUGCGGGAUAAUCCAGAAGCUGCAGUAACGAUGUUUGAAAGCGCUCAUGAACAUCCAGAACUUAUAUGGGAUCAGAAUACUAAAGACAAUGUUUGCAAAGUUGUAGCUAGAUUUAGAAGAGAGCACCAGACUGAACAAAGUUCAAACCCUUCCAUCUAUUGGAAAAUGCCAGACACAAACGGCCUUACAAAUCUUGCUACACCAAAUGAAUUUAUGGUAGCGGGUGUAUAUCUCAGAAUUUUCAUUGCAAAUCCUUCCUGGAAUUUGAGGAAACCAAAAGAAUUUCUCACAGAGCUAAUGGAAACUUGCCUAAAUCUUAUGAGCAAAGAGAAAACAAAUGUAGAAUAUUUAGAAAUUUGUACGACUGCCUUGUGUGCUUUAUUACAAGCACAGCCAGCUCUUCUAGAGUUGAUACCUUCCAUGGGGCACAUUCCUAGACUAUGUAGACAAAUGGGAUCUAAUAUAAGACAGAUAGCAAUACCAAAAUCUGCAAUCUGCAUACUAAACUCCUUAUCUACGAGUACGGUGUGUGUAAGUGCUAUAGCUCAUUCUGAUUGCAUGCAUCCAUUAAAACAAGCUAUGCAAAUAAGGAAAGAUAUGGUUGCCAUAGCGUGUGAAGCGCUCAACAGACUUUUUUCAAGCAGUCAUGAUCAAUUAGUUAAACAAGCUUUAGAUGUCGAUUUUGUUCAGUUUUUACUUGACUUACUCAAUGCUAGACUGGAGUUGAUCGAUAAUCCUGCUAUGACUAAAGCACAAAUAGUGAAAGCUCUGAAAUCUAUGUCUAAAAGUUUGAUGUAUGGAGAGAAGGUGAAUUCUAUUUUGGAGAAAAGUACUGUCUGGUCAGAGUACAAAGAUCAAAAACAUGAUUUGUUUAUUUCUAGUACUCCUAUAGCUGGAUACUUGACGGGUGGCACACCUGCAACGGCUGGUUAUUUAACGCAAGGUCCUAGUACCAAAAUGAAUUCGGCACCCCCUCCUAUAGAGAAAGAGGAUCCAGGAAUUAGAGGCGAUGGUCUUUGACUUCUGAUUUAUCAGUCAAAUGAUUAUGGAUAAGAAAUGAAGACAAACAGUAUGAAAUAAUAUUUUAGUUGAAACAGAUUAAGAUAUCUAUUAGGGUCGUUAAAUGAAUUUGAGAUAAUAAAAAUGUACUUUUU